AUGGCUGGUGGUACUGAGCAAAAUGGCAUGUUUUCGCGCAGGUGUGUCUGGGUGAACGGUCCUCUGAUCAUCGGAGCUGGACCAUCUGGACUCGCUGUGGGAGCAUGCCUUAAAGAACAAUGUGUCCCUUUUGUGGUUGUGGACAGAGCGGAUUGUUUAGCUUCUUUGUGGCAGAACAGGACUUAUGAUCGCCUUAAGCUUCACCUUCCCAAACAGUUUUGUCAGCUUCCAAAACUGCCAUUCCCAGAGGAUUAUCCAGAGUACCCUACUAGAAAACAGUUCAUUCAGUAUAUUGAAUCAUAUGCGGAUCAUUUUGGCAUCAAACCACAAUUCAAUGAGUCUGUGGAGUCUGCUAAGUACGAUGAGGCUGCUCGUGCAUGGAGAGUUACGACUGUUUCAACACGAGGGUCUGUCAGGUCUGAGGUUGAUUACAUUUGUCAGUGGAUUGUGGUGGCCACAGGAGAAAAUGCAGAGCCUGUCAUCCCGGAGAUUGCAGGACUAGGAGAUUUUGGCGGUGAAGUCAUACAUGGUCGCGAGUACAAGUCAGGUAAAGAUUAUAGCGGGAAAAAGGUUCUUGUUGUGGGGUGUGGAAAUACUGGCAUGGAAGUUUCACUUGAUCUUUGUAAUCAUAAUGCUAAGCCAUCAAUGGUGUCUAGAAGCCCGGUUCAUGUAUUGCCAAGAGAAAUAUUUGGAAAAUCAACAUUUGAUUGGGCAAUGAUGAUGAUGAAAUGGCUUCCUAUCUGGCUAGUCGACAAGAUUUUACUGACACUGACAUCGUUUAUACUUGGUGACCUUGAGAAGUAUGGUAUAAAAAAGCCAUCAAUUGGUCCCAUGGAGUUAAAGAUCAAGGAUGAUGGAAAAACACCUGUUCUUGAUAUUGGAGCACUGGAGAAAAUCCGAUCUGGCGGUAUCAAAGUGGUUCCUGGAAUCAAGAAGUUCUCUAAAACCAUGGUGGAGCUUGUAAAUGGUCAAGAACUAGAGAUUGAUUCAGUUAUUUUGGCCACUGGAUAUCGCAGUAAUGUUCUCUCUUGGCUACAGGAAACUGAGUUCUUCUCUAAAUCGGGGUAUCCCAAGACACCUUUCCCGAAUGGCUGGAAGGGAAAGAAUGGACUUUAUACUGUUGGAUUCACACAGAGAGGACUACUUGGUGCUUCUGCAGAUGCCAUGAAAGUUGCACAAGAUAUUGCUGAGCUAUGGAAGGAGGACUGGAACAAGGAGUUGAAGCAGAAGAAACCAAAUGUCUGA